AUGCGAGCAGCUCCCCCUGUCUCUGGUGCAGUUCCUCCUCCUCCUGCUCCCCAUCCAGCCCCCACACCAACCACUGCCCCAGCUCCAGCUCCUGUCCCAGGUCAGGGGCCACCACCACAGCAGGCUCCAGGUCCUGGUCCUGCCCCUGGACACCUUGCAGCCCCUGCUCCAGUCCAGGCUGCUGCCCAAGCUCCCCCAACCCCAGGCCAAGCACCACCACCCAAUCCAGGCUCUGUUCCAGCACCCAAUCCAGCCCAGGCUCCUCCAGUUGCUCCCCCUCCCUCAGGACCUGCCCCUGCUCCUAUGACCAACAUGGCCACUCCUCACCACCCACAGAUGCCCCAGAGCAAUGCCAUUCCUGGGAACAUGAUUCCUCACUCUGGGCAGAUGCCUCCUGCAAACAUGCCAACAGGACCCAUGGUUCCCCCCACCCAACCCAGAUGCACCCCACCAAUGCCAUCCAUGGCAAUGGUCCAUCUCUCACCAACCAGUUGCCUCCUGCCAGCUCCCUCCCAGGUGCCCUGCCCAACCUCACCCAACACAGAUGCAUCCAGCCGGUGCCCCCCCUGGCAGCAUGGCCCCUCCCAUCCGACCCAAAUGCCCCCUGCCAGUACCAUGCCUGGGAACAUGGCCCCACACCCUGCAUUCUUUAGACUUGAGAGAGAGUCAUGGUCAUUUGCAAAGUCCUCAAGCAAGUUCUCCUGGUUGGAUUAUUUUCUGAGCAUGGUUGUUUGUGGCAUGUGUUUUGGUUUCAUGAAGAUUAAGGAGUGUGAAACAUGA